GUGGCGAAUGAGGCGGGCGACGAAUCCUGCACUGCGUCCGCAUAGCGACAUCGCGAGCACCACCACCACCAGCAUCGCAACCAAGGGGGAAGGCCUCGGCGUGACCUCGUCCUCCGCACCGGCUUCAUUCUCUUGUCUGAGACGCCCAUGGCUCACGGACACGAGACGGCCCACGGGGCCCAUGGGGCCCACGGGGCCCACGGGGUCCGCGGGAACGUGCCCGGCGUGGAUAUGCCGGACUGGAAGACGUGGAAGGUGGAGGGGACGCCGCUGGAGGUCGUGCAGCGGCGGCUGGCGAAGCGCGGCCUGCGGGACCCUUGGAUCCGCAAUGAAGCAUGGCGAUACAGUGGGUCGUUUGCCAACCCACCUACAUUUUGGAAAGUUGUCUUCAAGGGCUUCAAGUAUGGCUUUGCAGCAUUUGCGGUGGCCCUGGCCGUCGAGUACACCGUUUUUCCACCCAACAAGGGAGGACAUCACUAACUCAUCACCGGCAACUCAUGCACACAGAUAACAUUGAGCAUUGUACUGUACUGAAAUAUAACAAAACUGUCAGCAGUUCUCCAUAAUUGUGAAAUAAAAUUAUAGCUUAA